GCAAAGUGGUUUGGUUGUGUAUAGGCAAAGAAAGCGACCCUGAAAGCACCAUCUUCUUGCACUUCUUUCACUCCAUAAUCAGAUCCGAUCAAAUCAAAUCAUAUAGAGAGAGAGAGAGAGAGAGAGAGAGAGAGAGAGAGAGUGAUGGAUCAAUCAAAGGUAUUGAUGGUGGUGCUGUUUUUCAUGGUAAGUUUAAACAUCAAUGGAAGAGGAGGUGUUGCAGGUUACAAGAACUACACUGUAGGAGACGAUCUGGGUUGGUUUGAUAAGCUUGAGAAGACGACUGUCAACUAUCAGAAAUGGGCUUCUUCUAAAACCUUCUCUCUUGGUGAUUUCCUCGUUUUCAACACCGACAAUAAUCAUACAGUCGUACAAACAUACAAUUCCACUAUCUACAACCUCUGUGAUGACAGCAAUGCUCUUGAUAACGACACUUUCCAGUACGCAUCACCAGACCCAUCGGCGUCCAUCGUCCACCCUGUCUCCGUCGCCGUCCCCCUCCUCAAAGUCGGACCCACCUAUUUCUUCUCAAGUGAUUACGACGGUGAGCAGUGUGAGAAUGGCCAGAGGUUCAGCAUCAAUGUCACAUACGGCCAAGGUUUGCCACCAAGUUUGAGGACUCCGCCACCAGGAGCUCCAGGGCCGGUAGGCCAACAGUCCGGCGAUGAUACAGUGCCGGAGACAACGGUGCCAGCUAACUUUGAUCACCCGAAAGACAUUAGUGACGAUGGUGAUGAUGAGAGUGAUGAUGGGAAGAAGAAGAAAUCAAUGGCGACGGUUAUAGGAAGCUCGAGAUGGGUGUUUAGUUGGAGUUUGAUACUGGUAGGGUUACUUUAUACUUGUUUGUAGAUUAAUGUUUUUCAUAUUUUGUUUAAAUUAUUAUUUUAUUGUUUGUGAGUUGUAUGGGAGGGUUAACGAUUAGAUAGGGAUUGUGUUACAUUGUGUUCUUGUUGUUUUGGGAAUAAGUCAUCAUAGAAAGGGUUGCUAAAGAUUUCAUAAGAAUAAUGAUCCCAUAUGUUCAUGAGUUAUAGAAUUCUUACGAUAUUGUUUUAUA